AGAAAAAACUAUUAUCCUUUCAGGCAAUUUCUGUGACAUCGGCGAUGAACGAUCGCAUAUGUAUCGCAUCACAGGGUAACAUUACUGCACUCUAUUCGCCGCAAAAACUAGUUUCCUGUUGCGAAGACUGUGGUAACGGAUGCAGCGGAGGAUAUACUGCAGCCGCGUGGAGAUACAUACUAAAAAAAGGAAUCGUUACUGGUGGUGACUACGGGAGCAACGAGGGCUGUCAACCGUGGCUUGUGCAGCCGUGCAACGCAUCCACGACGGCCGCCGAUCCAAGUUCGGUGCUCGGUCCACACGGCGUGUGCGGUGGCGACCCGGCAACCACUCCGAAAUGUGAUCUGAGCUGUUACAACGCACGACACGAGGGGAAAUACUUAGACGACAUAAUCAAAGCCAAGAAAGUUUUUACGUUCGACGGGUGUUCAGCGAGGAAAAACCUGAGGAAACAUGGCCCGUACGUAGUCACGAUGCGAGUUUACGAAGAUUUUCUCGCUUACAAAUCUGGUGUUUACCACCAUGUCACCGGUGAUUAUUUGGGACUGUUGUCGGUUCGGAUGAUCGGAUGGGGUUUGGAAGGAGGACAAGCGUUCUGGUUGCUAGCUAAUUCAUGGGGAACUUCUUGGGGUGACAAAGGUUUUUUCAAAAUCAGACGCUUCGUAAACGAAUGUUGGAUUGAGAAUUUCAGAUACGCUGGCGUACCAAAUUUGUGAUGACCAAGUGAAUUCAAUUAAAUAUGUAUUAGAUAUAGCUAGCUAUAAGCUAAUAAUACUAAAACACUAAAUAUGACAGCUAUAUUAUAUGUACUGAUUAACCGACAUGAUAUAUUUAAUAUUUUUAUAGGUGAAUACACAAUACGUAAAAAUAAAAUAGGUAGGUACAGGAUA